CUUCGUGUUUUUCCCGCAUGGAGGACGUUUAGCUGAAUUUAUAUCCACAUGAAACUUUAAGGAACGGAGAAAGACAUCUAUGGAGGACAGGAUAGUCGAAUUCACUAAAGAUGGGGUGAGUUGGAGGUGACUGGAGCGGACGGGAGAUGAUCUACUUCAUCGUGAGCUUGGAUAAUGAAAAGGACACAGUGUGUUCUUCGCAGCCAGACUUCACGUGCUCUGCUAAGUGCUUGAGAUUGUUCAUGACCGCUGUACAAGAGGGUUUGACGCAACGUAUCAAGAGGGCUCCGAUAACUUUCAGAACAACAUCUGAAGCAGGGACAAACCGUGUGGGGGAGAGUUCAUGGUGUUCCUCGCAGCAUGGGCACUGAAGACUUGACUCGGCAUUGAGGAUUAGGCUACUAAUGAACUUGGCGCAUACAAGAUUGCUGCACGGUGUCUUGACAGGCCGAUCUACAGUCGUGCAAGGAGAGAGAAAAAGC